AUGGCCCCCAAGGCAGCCGAGAAGAAGCCGGUGGAGAAGACCCCGGUGCUGAAGCAGGUGCACCCGGACAUCGGCAUCUCCUCCAAGGCCAUGUCCAUCAUGAACUCCUUCAUCAACGACAUCUUCGAGAAGCUGGCCGGCGAGUCGGCCAAGCUGGCGCGCUACAACAAGAAGCCCACCAUCACGUCCCGCGAGAUCCAGACCUCCGUCCGCCUCGUCCUCCCCGGCGAGCUCGCCAAGCACGCCGUCUCCGAGGGCACCAAGGCCGUCACCAAGUUCACCUCCGCCUGA